GAGAGAGCGAGCGAGCGAGGCGGGGUGCACAUGAGUAUGCGUUGCGAGCGAGGGAGGCGAGGAAGCCGCCGCCAUAUGCCGAGUGGAUUCUACAUGUGAAAACCAUGGGAAGCUCACAUCUCCUCAACAAAGGCAUGCCUCUAGCUGCUCGGCGCAACAAAUGGCUUCGCUACAGGAAAAGGAGUCGCUCGGUCGGAGUAAACGAUUCCAGAAUUGUUUCAUCCGUUUCUCACUCGAGAACAUCAGACCGCAAGAAUGAAGGAAGUCAUCAUUUUCACACCGGAACGUUGUGAAACGAUAAGUCUGAUUCCUCUGAAUAUUUCACGGACGGCGAUCUAGAAAUCGCUGCCUCAUUUAAACGUGAAAAUCGAGACAUCUAAACGCGGAGGAAUUUCCACUCACGUGUCCUCCAUCUGAAGGACACAAGAACAUUUAGACACUCACGGGAACGAGUCCAGUGGAAAGACUGAGGAAAGCUGCGAUGUUGGGAAAAUGACGACGGGCAUAGUGGACUUCAGUGGAAUUCUGAGUCGUGCCAUGAGGUCAACUUGGUCCGAAAUAGGGCACAGUAGUAGUGUGGGAAAAUCGAUCAAAAGCGGUGUGAAAACAAGUUCUUAAAGGCAUCCGGCCGCCCAUCGUGAACGGACCCAUGCACCCGCGCCCCCUGGUGGCUCUACUGGACGGGCGCGACUGCACCGUGGAGAUGCCCGUCCUGAAGGACGUGGCCACGGUGGCCUUCUGCGACGCCCAGUCCACGCAGGAAAUCCAUGAGAAGGUACUGAAUGAAGCCGUGGGAGCGCUGAUGUAUCACACCAUCACUCUCAUGAGAGAAGAUCUGGAGAAGUUCAAAGCGCUCCGCAUCAUCGUUCGCAUCGGCAGCGGCUACGACAACAUUGACAUCAAAUCUGCUGGUGAACUCGGAAUCGCUGUUUGUAACAUGCCGGCCGCCUCAGUGGAGGAGACGGCCGACUCCACGCUGUGUCACAUCCUCACCUUGUACCGGCGCACCACAUGGCUGCAUCAGGCUCUCCGCGAGGGCACACGGGUCCAGAGCGUGGAGCAGAUCCGCGAGGUGGCUUCGGGAGCGGCGAGGAUCCGAGGGGAGACGCUGGGACUCAUCGGACUGGGUCGGGUGGGCCAGGCCGUAGCCCUGAGAGCCAAGGCGUUCGGCUUCAACGUGAUUUUCUACGAUCCCUAUUUGGCAGACGGCGUGGAAAGAUCCCUGGGCCUUCAAAGGGUCACCACGCUACAGGAUCUGCUCUUCCACUCCGACUGCGUGUCGUUGCACUGCAGCCUGAACGAACACAACCACCACCUCAUCAACGACUUCACCAUCAAGCAGUUUCAGUCUGGGCCCGCUGAAGGACGCCCCCAACCUGAUCUGCACCCCUCACGCCGCCUGGUACAGCGAACAGGCCUCGCUGGAGAUGCGAGAGGAGGCGGCCAGGGAGAUCCGAAGAGCCAUCACAGGUCGUAUUCCAGACAGUCUGAAGAACUGCGUCAACAAGGAGUACCUGACUCAGACCAACCACUGGACGGGGGUCGAACCAGCCGACGUUCACCCGGAGCUCAACGGAGCCUACAGGUACCCACCCGGGGUGGUGAGCAUGACCGCCGGCGGCCUCCCGCCCCCCGCCGAGGGCGCCGUGCCCAGCGCGGUGCCCGUCGCGCACGCCCUCCCGCCGGCCAUCGCGCAUCCCCCGCACACCCCGUCGCCCGGACACAACACGGUCAAGCCACCGGAGGGGGACAGAGAACAACAUCCAAACGAGCAGCUGUAGUCAAAAAGCACAGCGGAAACGUCCAGGAAGUCACUACUGAUUCCAAAAUGUACAAGACAUUGGCACACCGUCGGCCGCUUGUUGACACUCCAAAGAGAGCCGAGAAGACGACGGUGCUCGUCAGAAAAAGGAAACAAAGAGGUUGGAUGCUCCUCUGGCCUAAGACUGAAAAAAAAAAACAAAUACUUCUGACUGUCGUGAGUCAAGAAUUUCCCAUUUUUCUUGAUUUUUUUUCUUCUGUCAUCUCCUGGGUGCAGAAGCAAAAAAAAAAAGAAAUUGUAGGCUAUGAAAUGAAUGCGUGUUGUGCACAGUUUUUACAUCAGUGUUUCCCAACCUUUAUUGAUCCAAGGCACAUAUUUUAAAAGAGGAAAAUGUCCCCAAAAAGUAUAAACUGUGGUUACCUUGACUUACAAGUGCCCCAAUGUUACUUGUGAGGGUUAGCUAUCCCGCCGCUUGAGUGAAGUGAAAACAAUCGCGGCAAAUGAAGCUACUGUAAUGCCGCGCAUGUGGGCAAGGAGAGCUAACGUUGCGAUGCAACUUUCAAUUUUGGGGAGAAUUGCAUGCAAUAGCGGCUUAAAUUGACCCAUUGAAAAAUCUGGACCUUUUUUUUCUACUUCAUUAUUUGGAUUUUUUUUAAUUGGAAUAAACUGUCAAAUUGGCCUGUUGCAAAGUCAUUUGAAUAUCUUGCAAAUAUAUGGAUUUGAAACUUUCUGGAUUUGAAACAUUUAGUUUUCAUUCCUGCUUAUAUUUAGUUUUAGUUAUGAGCGAGCUUUGGCUACACCGCCGCUCAAGUGAAAAAAGAAAAAACGGACAAAUGAAUGCGGCACUGCAGGGGGAGCCGCAGCCCCCCAUGCAUUUUCAGCCGUUCACUGAAUGAGACAAAGAUUUCAAAAUGCAAAAUGAGGACACUUGAGUCCAAGAGCGACUUGGACUCCAGCUCCAAAAAUCGCAUAUUACAAACAGUAAUUCCACUUUGUAAGACCAGUUUAUUUCUUUGCAUUCUUUGGAUUGUUUUCUUUUUUUUGUACAACACAGUGCUAUUGAUCUGAAUUAAAAACCAAAACAAUGGAAGGCAAUGGAAUCAUAGGAUUUCAAUUCCUUUCAAUUGAUUCACAAGCUUGGUCACGGAACAAAUGAAACUUGUAAGUCAAGGUACCGCUGUAUACUGAAGUCAUGAUGACUUUUAAAGCAUUAAAGUAAAGCAUUUUACUCACAAAUGCUCGUAGUUGAACACGAAGCUAUUCUUCCGCCAUGAAUUCAAAGAGUAGGAUUUCAUUGUUGUGUCGCUGGCAUAGAGACAUGAACAAAGAGCCACCAAUCAAAUUUGCUGCAAAUGAAACGGGGUUGGGAAUCACAGUUUUUGCUGGAAGAAUUCCCCGGAACAACAAGCCACCUUGAAACAGAAGCAGCUUUUUUCGCACAUCAUCUCAGGAACUUCCGUUUCUGCAGUUCGUCUCCCGUUGACUUCAUUUCCCAUGUUUCGUGCUUCUUUUUGCCGUCCUUCGGAAGCGCUCGCCUUCCGUUCGAAUUUGAAGAGCUGCGCUUGUUUGCUGUAGUUUGAACAGAGCGUGCGAAUCCCGGGGGGCUAAAUGGCUGUAUACGGGCGGCAAAACGCUUCACGAGGCGUCGAGAUGAUUAUUUGUUUAAUUAUGUUGUUGGGAAGACGCAACGCGAUGGACGGAGACUUUGUACUGUAGUAGACCUAAGGAACUCAUCGAAAACGUGUAGCGUCCCCCCCCCCCCCGCUAUAUCGCGAUUCAUCUAUUGCAGUCAUGCUAAAUCUGGCUUGAAGCCAUAACCCUAACUUGAAACCCUAAUUUGAGACCCAAGCCCUAUGUUGAAACCCUAACACUGACUUGAAUCCCUAGUUUGAAAACCGACGCCAACCGACCGUCAUACUCCCCCACACUCGGCCCCGCCUCUUAAAGGCAGGUGAAAAAAGAUAAUAAAUGUAUUUUCUAUACAUUUUAGGCUUGCAACUUUUUGGAGUGUAUAAAAAGUGUGUUUGAGUUUAGUUUUGAUAAUAAGUGGGUCGCGAUAAACGGGGCUUCACCGUACGAUAUCGUAUCGAACGCAACAGCCGUGGAAAUUAGCACGAGGUUUACUUCCCUCCAAAAUCCGUCAAACCUUACGUUGAUUGCUUGGCUACUUUGAAGCAUUUUUACAAAGCACAACGCUCCCUUUAACGUUUCAUGACGGGUCCUUACUAAGUGUACCGUUUGGCCACCGCCGUGCGGUGGUGUUUUUUUGCCUGCCUGUGCCAUUGUGACUUGGUUUGUAUCUG